UAUUAUGAAAGUGUCCCAAGAGGAAGUUAGCAAUGAUGACACCGGCUAACGACUUCAUGGAGAACUUGUUUACAUCCAUUCUCAGGAGGCGGAAGGUCCCCAAAACUCGAUUGCUGCGGCUACUAUCUUCAGUAUCCUGAAGAUGGCACGGGGCAUCAACCUUUCUCUCCUAUUUUCCGUCCUUGUGGGUAUGUCCGUGCUGACAUCCUUGGAUGGUCGACCCCCAAGCUCAACUAUAGUCAAAUCUGAAUUGAACAGUACUGCUUGGAAAGAGAAAUCUCUCUCACAUUUCACUGUUGAGACGGGCACUGUCAAGUCAACGCAAGUGCUGACAGUUGGCUCAAGCAAGGGCGUAGUUGCAGAGGUUGCGGGCUAUGCAGAUGUGGCCAAACAGAUCAUAGACCUAGCAGUGUUCGGAGCUGCACAGAACCGUUCUUACAGACGCCUUGCUGACUUCACUGACACCAUUGGGAACCGUGUCAGUGGCUCUCUGAAUCUGGAGUUGGCAAUAAAAUAUAUGUACAAAGCCAUGACACAGGAUGGUUUGGACGUCCAUUUGGAACCGGUAAAAAUCCCACACUGGGUAAGAGGAAAGGAGAAUGCAGUGAUGACAUUGCCAAGGACCAAGAAUCUGGCUAUACUGGGACUAGGGAGCAGUGUAGGGACACCACCUGAAGGCAUUGAGGCAGAGGUGUUGGUUGUUGGUUCUUUUGAGGAACUGAAGCGCAGAUCCAGCGAGGUCACCGGGAGGAUUGUGGUCUACAACCAACCAUUUGUCAGCUAUGGCGAGACAGUUGCUUACCGUGCAUUCGGCGCCUCGGAAGCGGCAAAAUUUGGAGCAGUGGCCACGCUUAUUCGAUCCAUCACGCCUUUCUCAAUUAAUAGCCCUCACACAGGUUGGCAAGACUACCAAGAAGGUGUCAAGCGCAUUCCAACUGCGUGCAUCACCAUAGAGGAUGCUGAGCUAAUGUCGCGCAUAGCGCAAAGGGGACAGCGGAUCACUGUUAGACUCACAAUGGCUGCCAAGACACUUCCAGAUGCCGACUCCUUUAACACAGUAGCUGAGAUAAAAGGCUGGCAGCACCCGGAGCAGGUUGUCCUAUUAAGUGGUCAUUUGGACAGCUGGGAUGUGGGCCAGGGUGCCAUGGAUGAUGGGGGUGGAGCUAUGGUUUCCUGGGAAGCCCUGUCACUCAUAAAGCAGCUAGGUUUACGUCCAAGGAGGACCAUGCGCACAGUGCUGUGGACAGGUGAAGAGCAGGGUGGAGUUGGAGCACAGCAGUACUACAACCUUCAUAAGAUGAAUCUGUCCAACUUUGACAUGGUUAUGGAGUCCGACAUGGGGACAUUCAGCCCAGUGGCUCUGCAGUUUACUGGCAGUAUUGCAGCACAAAAGGUAAUGGAAGAGGUGGUCAAACUGUUAGCUCCUCUCAAUACGACAAAACUGGAGACACAUGGUGAGGGUACGGACAUUUCACCUUGGAUGCAGGCUGGGGUACCAGGUGCCAGCCUCCAUGUGACCGAUAGUCGAUAUUUUUGGUUCCACCAUACUGAAGCUGAUACCAUGACGGUUCAGAACCCUCGAGACAUGAACCUCUGUUCAGCGUUGUGGGCAGUGGUGGCCUACGUUGUAGCGGACCUCGAGGACAUGCUGCCGAGGUAGUUGUUAGAGGAGGAGACGCAGAUUCACUAAGCCUGCUUCAGAAGUCUUUACAUUGGUCAUAUUUAAACAGAGUAGCCUUAUCCAAUAAUAACAUUGCACUUAAGGCUGACACCAAAAUGUGUUGAUUAUCAGGGGAAAUGUUUUAAGAAAAAUUAAUUCUGUAAUUUUUAUGAUUGUAUUUUUUUUUUUUAUUUUAGUAUGUCAAAAAAAUGGCAUUUUUAUCUUCUCAAUUUUGAGUUGUGUAAGAUUUACAAAGAAUAUUUUGUAUUUUUGUCAUAUCAUGAAUAAACUGCCAUUGCUCUGAA